CAAAAAGAGCUGAAGAUGUCGACUCGGUCAUGUGAUCAGCUGUGUCCAAUCAAAGCUGAUUGCAUGUAAACAGGGAGUGAUCAUCAGGGCACUGAUUAUCAGUGUGCCCUGAUGAUCAGUGUAGCCCCAGCAGUGCCACCUGUCAGUGCCCAUCAGUGCCACCUGCCAGUGCCCAUCAGUGCCUCACCAAUGUCACAUAUCAGUGCCUACCAGUGCACAUCAAUGCCACAUAUCAGUGCCCAUCGAGCUGCCUUUCAGUGUCAUCUAUCAGUGUCAGUCAGUGCCACCUAUCAAUGCCAGUCAGUGCCACCUAUCAGUGCUGCCAAUCAGUGCCACCUAUCAGUGCCAGUCAGUGCCGCCUCUCAGUGCCAGUCAGUGCCGCCUAUCAGUUCCACCUAACAGUGCCAUAUAUGAGUGCUGCCUUUCAGUGCCCAUCAGUGCCACCUACCAGUGCCUCCCCAUCAGUGCCAUCUAUCAGUGCCCAUCAGUAAAGCAUAUCAGUGCCCAUCACUGCAGCCUCAUUAGCGCACAUCAGUG